AUGGCGUCCACCAAAAGGAAGUUUUUAAGUUUGAGAGAAAAAGUCGAUGUGGUUCAUUAUGCAGAGACGCAUAAGUCGAUUGUUAGAAAGUUGGCAGAAAAAUUUGGAAUUGGAAAAACUCAAGCCAGUGAAAUUUUGAAACAUAAAAGUUAUUUAAUUAAUAAAUUUUCUGAGUGCGGAAACCUGGAAGCAAAAGAAAAUUUGAAAACCGAGGGUGCUGAAUUAGACCAAAUUGUUUUCGAUUGGUUUUGUAAAGUGAGAUCUAAAAAUAUUCCCGUUUCUGGUAAAAUUAUCCAAGAAAAAGCAAUAGAAGUUGCAAAGAAGCUAAGUGUUGAUAUGAAAGCUUCUUGUGGAUGGCUCGAGAAAUUUUGUAAGCGACAUAAUAUUUCGUUCAAAUCCAUAUGUGGCGAAGCAGCUGCUGUAGAUUUGUUAGUGGUUUCUGACUGGAAGGAAAAACUGCUCACUUUAAUUAAAGGAUACUCUCCGCGAGAUAUUUUUAAUGCAGAUGAGACGGGAUUAUUUUUUAGAGCCCUACCCAAAAGAAAGAAUCACAAUAAUAUUUUGCACCAACAUGAUAGGGGACAAAGAAAAACCACUCUUAAUUGGAAAAAGUAA